UAGCCUGACAUCUGACACAAGUCAGCUUCCGUCCUUUUCGCUUCCUGUUCUUCUUGUGCAUGCACACAGUUUUAUUUUGCUGUCAACAGAGCGACAAGUGCAAAGAACUAUGGAUAGUUCCAACUCUGACGCUAAAGAUGCAAAACCUCUGUCACUUGACAUCAAUGGAAAAAUGGAAAGUCAACAAAGUGACCAAACAUCUCACCAAGAGACGUCAAGCCAUCAUCCAGAAGAGCUUUUCCAAGAGGAAAACAUUGACCUUGAUGGGGAAGCAUUUGUCACGCCGCAAGAGGAUAUUUCAGAGAGCUUUAUGGAUAAACUCAAUGACCAAAUGAUGGAAAGCGUCUUGAUAUCGGACUCGCCCAGUAACAGUGAAGAUGACCUUGGUCAGAUGGAGAGUCUGCAGGAUAUUUUGGAACAGGAUGAAGAAAGGGAAAUCUUUGGGAUAAAAGAAACUGAGAAUAAAGAAAACCACGAGGCUACUGGUGAGAAGACAAAGCUUGAAAGUUUGGAAAAACCUGAAGAAAUCUCAAAGAUAACCUUAACACAUGAUGAGAAACAGGACGAGCCAAAAGAAGAGUCAAUAGUGGUUGAAACCCCUAGCCAACCAACAGUGAAUGAUUAUGAUUUUGUUAAGACUGAGCAACAAGAAUCUACAAGUUCAGGUAAACAGUCACCAAAAGAGGGAACCAUCCCGGUGUGUACUAUCUUCAGUCAAGGUAAUCUGCCUAAAAUCCAAGCCCAGUCUUUGAUGCCUGCUGGGUUUGAACCUGCAAUGGUUAAGUCACCUAGUUUUGGUAGCGGCAUUGAAACCCCUAACAAACUCCUUCCAUUAGUAUGCCAGCCAAGUCCGAGUCUCAGCAAGUUUUUUGUGGACAACGGCCAUUCUAACCCAGCAGCAGACUUCUUUGAUUCAUUUACAACCUCAUCUUCUUUCAUUUCAGUUAGCAAUCCUAACGCAAUCUCCCCAGAUUCCUCAAUACCAGAAGGACUGUCAUCUUUGUCCUGUCCAACUGGAGUUGCUCCCCAAGAACCUGCUACUCCUACCUUUUUCUUUGGGGGUGCUCCCCCUGAGUCGCCUGUUCAGCUAUCCUCUGCUGAAAUUACACCUCAGUUUUCACAGAUACAGGCUGCUUUUGCAGGCAGCGAUGAUCCUUUUGCCACAGCCCUUAACAUGAGUGAAAUAGACAGAAGAUAUAAUGCUUGGCUCCCGUCAGAAGAAACAAGGAAGAUUUUGAUUUCUGUCACCACUCAGCAGUACAACACAGUGUUUAUUGAGAAAGAGCAGCUGACCAUGCCCGGUUUGAAGUUUGACAACAUUCAGGGUGAUGCUGUCGGGGAUCUUAUGCUGCGUUUUUUGGGGGAGCAGGCCGCAAUGAAGAGGCAGGUUUUAACAGUUAACUCUGUGGAGCAAUCCUUUGUGGGACUAAAGCAGUUAAUUAGCACAAAGAACUGGAGGGCUGCUGUUGACCUGACUGGACGACUACUGACUGCUCACGGUCAAGGGUAUGGGAAGAGUGGGCAGCCUACCAGCCACACUACAGAUUCCCUGCAGCUCUGGUUUGUAAGGCUAGCAUUACUAACCAAAUUAAGCCUGUUUCAAAAUGCUGAGCAGGAGUUUGAACCAUUUGGAAACCUUGACCAGCCAGACCUUUACUACGAAUAUUACCCGAAUGUAUAUGCAGGACGCAGAGGUUCAAUGGUUCCAUUUUCAAUGCGGAUUUUACAUGCUGAGCUGCCACAGUAUCUCGGAAAGGCACAAGAUUCCCUUGACCGCCUACACAGCAUGAAAAUGAUUGCCUUAAAGAUUUUGGAUAAUUUGGAGAAUGAACUAUCAGAAGAUGGAAGUAUGAUUAACAUAACGCAAGAGAACAGACAAGCUGCUAUUCAGCUGUGGAGGUCACGUCUGUGCCGGGUGAUGUACUCCAUGGCAAACUGUCUGCUAAUGAUGAAGGAUUAUGUGCUAGCAGUAGAUGUGUACCACUCAAUCAUCCAGUAUGAACCAGAGCAACAACCCCAGCUUCUAAGUGGAAUUGGAAGAAUUUUCCUCCAGAUUGGUGACAUUAAAACAGCAGAGAAGUAUUUCCAGUCUAUGGAGAAAGUAUUCACAGCAAAAGGAGAUGAUCCAAACCAAAGUACUUUGGUUUUAAUGAACAGGGCAUUUGUAUACCUAAGUCAGAAUAACUAUGGAGAAGCACACAGUUCGUUUUCAGAGGUUUUGAAAAUAGACCCCUCUAACCCUGUGGCAAAUAACAAUGCUGCUGUCUGCUUGCUGUAUUUGGGUAAAUUGAAAGAUUCCCUCAAGCAAUUAGAAGGAUUAGUCCAGCAAGAUCCCAAACGCUACCUUCACGAGAGCGUUCUUUUUAACCUCACGACUAUGUAUGAACUGGAGUCCUCACGCAGCAUGCAGAAAAAGCAAGCUCUGCUGGAGUCUGUUGCCUGCAGAGAGGGAGAUAGCUUUAACAUUCAGUGUCUAAAGCUGCUGUAGAGUGAGUGUGUUUACAAGAGCUUUGAAUUCUUCUGUUUCAUGGCUUGAAGGUGGAAUGUAAAAAAAAAUAAAGUGUAUAUAAUUAACAAUAAAAAGAUAAAUUCUAUUGAUGAAAAAAAUGUAUUUAGUUUUGAUUUGUAUUUACGAAUAAAGACUACACAAAUGCAGUA